GUGGGAGGGGAGGGCGGGUGCCGUCAUGGCGGCGGCGGCGGCGUGGUGUCGGCGCCGUGUCCGGCCGCCGCUCCUCCCCGCGCGGUCCUGCCACGCCGGCGGGCCCGGGGCCCGGAGCGCUGGGCCGGCGGAGGAGGCGGAGGAGUCGGGGCGGCGGGCGGGCGGCUUGGCCGGCGCCAUGGAGCGGCAGGCGGAGCUGCGGCGGGAGGCGGAGCGCGCCCAGGCUUCGUGGAGGAGCACGCCUGCGUCGUUCGCAUCCAUGCUGAGGCACUCGCCCUUGGUCCAGAUGGGUCCCGCGGCCGACAAGCCGGUGAUCGGACGUAUCUUUCACGUGGUGCGGGAUGACCUCUACGUGGACUUCGGGGCCAAGUUCCACUGCGUGUGCAAGAGACCCCAACUGGACGCUGAGAAGUACCGGGAAGGGGCCCGAGUGCGCCUGAGGCUGGUGGAUCUGGAGCUGACCUCCAGGUUCCUGGGAGCCAAGACGGACACCACCCUGCUGGAGGCCGACGCGGUGCUCGUGGGCCUCGUGGACGGCCACCCCACCCCGAGGCCCCGAGAGGAAACCCCGGCGAGGGCCUAGCCGGCCGGCGGACGACGGGACCGGCCGCUCGGCGUCCGGGCCGCCCACCCCCUCUGGCCCGGGAACGCUCGUGAAGGAGCACCUCCGCCCGGGGAGGGGGCGCGAUGGCCCAUCGAUGGAAGAAUGAGCGGUCCGGGGGCGUAAGCGCUAAGCCCCCACCCUGGGCCGAGCGCUGCGCGAGGACCGUCAAUAAAGGCCAGGCCUGGCGCCUGCUGUGAAAAUA